GUGCCCUUUAGGGGGAGUCAAAGUGUUUCUCAGCUUGUAUAGCGAUUAUGAUGUGAGGGCAUUCAGCCUUUGUCGAACUCCUUUAACCCUGCAACAACGGGUCUCAGUCUCAAGAGUACAUAUGCGGCAGUCAAAGCCAAACAGAAUAUCAUGGCUUGGGCUGGGAGAUUCCUCUGAUACAAGCUAAUAUCCUACUUCAACGAGCUCAGUUCAAAUCAUAUAUAUUUCCAGCGCUCCCCCCCAUAAUCACCAACAUCAAAAAGUUGACCCAUUCACAGGGAAAAUAAACAAGGAGAGGAUUUCCGACGAUAGACAUCUCUUCUGAGCUCGUCAUCACCGGUCGGUCAUCAGAACUCCAAUACAUAGACACAUAGACUACCUCUACCUCGUAAGUGGCAUUCCAUUCUUUGUACCCCUGGGGUCCAAAACCACCUCAUCCAGCUCGCCCGCCAAGCACUCCCGCUUCUGUCAAAACCUACCAAGGGCCCCAGCAACAACUCCAAGGAACUCUUUUUUUGACGGGACUCCCGUCUGCCCAGGUCAGGACCCAGACUCCCACCCAGACCUCGCCAGUCAGUCCCAUAAAAACUCCCAGCCUAGUCAAGCAGCAGCAGCGCAGCCCAGAGAGUCGACGGACGGGAGAUCCACACAACCACCUUACCCUUCCCAAUCAUCCCCAAGCCUCAAUCCACCUCCGACUCCGACAGUCCACGACACGUCGGUGCUCGUUCCGUUGUAUCCCUCAUCUCUUGCUGCAGGAGAUCUAGUGCUUCGUCGCUCACCAUUUCUCUCUCUCUCUCUCACCAGUCUCUUUCUACUCUCGACGCUCUUGUCUUCCCAUCACCAGCGGGAAAUCCUCCUUAAUCAUUUCACCACCUACCUAUCUUCCUACCUAUUAUUGCUGCCGUGGUGCAUUCUGCCGCAUCGGCAUACAUACCUAAUAGCCUCUGCCUACCUACCGCUCUGGUCACCUCACCCGCCUUGGUACUGUACCUACCUUGAGCUACCUACCUACCUACUUACCAACGCCUAUUCGCCUGCCGGACCCGUCCCGCUUCGUCUCUUGUUCCUUGCGGUCAGAUCGUUCGGGGGCCACCCUCUGUGUGCCUACUUGACACUGUUCUCAAGUCGACUUUCGACCGACUUGGAUCUACCCUUUUUGCUCACUGUCUCCCCCAACUUUCCGCUCACGUUGCUCGUCGCGCGACCGCCGCCGCCAGACAAGGCCCCCGUCGCUGGCUGUGAGUGCAACGCACACCACCAGACACCUGCCACUCCCGUCUUCCCAGCUUGAGGCCCGUCCGAGGUGAUUUGGAUCCUUGGAUCGCCAGGUCCGCACCAAAGGAACCGACACACCCAGUGCCUGCCGUCGUCGCCGCUGUCGUCGUCGCAUUCGCCCCCAACACGCUCGGCUUCCUCUCCGUGAGCGCAACAGCACAACAGCAGUCGUCCAGCAAACGCCAUCUUUAACUGCCUCUCGACCGCCUGUCGAUCGCCACCCGAUUGAAGCGGCAUUGUGAUACGCGCGCGCGCCAGACAAGGAAGAAGACCGACCAACGCCUCAGCCGGCCCUCGCGGCAACCCCCCGUACCGACGAACUGGUUACACUUCGUAUGCGAUAGCGCGGAGGAAGUCACGUCGAUAUCCACGCUGUGGAUAGUCGACAGCAAAGUGGAAAGAGAUGAUGGCUAGCAUGCCGAUUGGUCCCUCCUUUUCGCCGCACCCUGGCGGAAUGCAGCAACAUCCGGGAGCUCCUCCCGGUCACCACAUGGCUCCGGGCAUGGCCCACAACCCCAGCCAGCCCGGCGCAACCCCCGCCAUGGCUCAUCAGAUGGUGGCACACUUGGGUGUCUCCGGCCCCGGCCCGCAGAUGAGCGCCGGCGCUCUCAUGGGAGGAAUGCCGCCCGGCACUCCCAACGCCCAUAUUGCCAUGCAGCAUUUGAACCCCCAGCAGAUGGCAGCAUACCAACAACAAAUCAAUGGGAUGGGCUUUCCCAACAACCCAGCCAUGCAACAGCAGUUGCAGCAAGCUAGGCUGCAGCAGCUGCAGCAAGCGCAACACCAGAGACUCAUGCAGGCUCAGCAAGCUCAGGCUCAGUACGGUAACCUGGGAGGUAUGCCAAUAGGCGUCCCUGGCAUGGGCCAGAUGAAUCCUCAUAUGGCUCAGUUAAUGCAGAGGCGCGCAAUGGCUGGCCCUAUGCCAAUGGCCCAUCAGAUGCAACAGCAUCUGGCGCAACAGCACCAGGGGCAGGGGAUGAAUCCGAAUCUCAUAGCCCAACAGAUGGCGAUGCAGCAGCAGCAGCAGCAGCAAUUACAACAGCAACAACAACAACAGCAGCAGCAACAGCAGCAACAGCAGCAGCAGCAACAACAGCAACAGCAACAACAACAGAUGGCCCAGCAAGGAAACAACCCCGGCCAGCACCAGAUCAACCCCCAAGGUCCAGGCCUCAACAUGCAAGCUCAGCUGGCCGCUCUUCAUACGCAACAGGCUCAUGCCCAGCAGUCGGCGGCAGUUCAGGCAGCCCAGGCCCAGGCCCAGGCCCAGGCACAACAAGGAGGGCCGGGACAACCACAGCAGCAACCGCAACAACCACAGCCCCAGCCGCCUCAACAGCCACCCCAACAGCAGCCGGGUCAGCCUCAGCAGCCUACUCAACAGCAACCACAGGUUCAGCCAGGUCCGGGAGUAAAUGGGCCAGCACAGAACCAGGGGCCUGCUCCGGGCCCUACACAGCAGCCAAAUGCCCAACAGCAGGUCUCCCCUCAAACGCCACAGACCACACAAGCCCAGCAAGCACAACUUGCCCACGCCCAAGUUCAAGCAGCCGCCAAUGUCGCCAACCUCCUGCAGCAAAAGCGUGUGGAUAGCGCAAACUUGAAGGGCCAGUGCUUGCUCAAACUCAACUCGUUCAAUGAGCACUUGAAUGGAUUCACGGGUUCCCAGGGUGCAGACGGCUUGAAGUACUGGCAACUCUUUGUCCAGCGGUUCUUCUCACAGAAAGGCGUCUUCCGCCAGACUUUUAAGAAACGUGAAGAUGAAGCUGCCGAUCCCAAGCCGUACGAGAUCGACGUUGCAGCCUUGCCGCGAUUCUUCAACGUGCAUUUCGAAAGUGGCGUUUCGAAAAUGCAGCUGGUCAUGCAAGGCACCACAGACAGAUCGUUGCCCCAUGACGGCCAUUUCAUUGAGAUUGCUAGGGCGAGUGUCUUCUACUGGUACGAUAAUGGAUCGCAUGUCGUCCAUAAUGGAACCCUCCGGAUCCAAUUCGAUAGCGACCAAUUUAUCGAGCUUUUCGACUUUGUCGUUGAGAACCACGAGGAGUACCAUUCGCGGCGCGCAAUCAUUGAGGCUGCUCGGCCUUCGCACACCUGGAUCAAGGAGUGGAGAUCCCUGAACCCGCCUGACAGCAAGCAGUCACCAGAGAUGAGCAAAAAGGGCAAGCAGAGGCCGUACAAGAGCCCAGCCACUCCGCCACCGGAUAUCGAGCUUCCGGACUCUUGCGUCAAAAUUGGGAUGGGGAUUCCAGAAGGCGUGUUUCAGUUCCUGGAGAUGGCCGAUAUCAUGGGUCAAAUGAGCCCCUUAUUUACGUUCUCCCACAAUCAUCCCGGCAUUCCCCCAUAUGCUGCUCUCGAGCAGUUUAUGACCCAGAUCACGGGUCAAGGCCCAGCUGUCAACGGCCAGGCGAUGCCGCAAGGAGUCCCUAGGACUCCAGGAUACAACCAAUUUCCUAUGGGUGCCAGUCCAGCAAUGGCAAACCAGAUGCUUCCUGGGUCUCCUCAUAUAGGUAGCCCGGCUCCUGGCCAGAUGCAAGCGCCUGCCAUGCAGCUUCAAGUCAGCCAGCAAGGCACCAACUCUAGUGGGCCAAGCGCAAAUACUUCGCCUCAGCAGAACAACAAGAAGAGGAGAGCCUCCCAGGCGAAGCUCGAAGAUGACGGUCCCACCUCAGCCCCGACGCCGGCGACUAUGGGGACACCCCAAAUGCCUCAGAUGAACGGCGUCCAAGUGAAGGCUAAGCACCCUCCAACGCCGAGGAUGCAGAAACGCAUGAAGAACAACCAAGGAUAGAAGCCGAGACGCUCUUCGAUCGAGCUGUGGACGCCGUCUUGCUUCUCUUUCAUACACAAUUAACAGAAAUUCUUCACGGUUGGUGUCUUGGCGUCUUGCUUGGUCUUCUUGACAUGAGCUCGUUCAGACCUCUCGACUUCUUAGACAUCCAGAGCUGGGCAGUCUGGGCUCGAUUUUUUUCUACUUUUUCUUUCUGUUCACACACGCAUGGGAUUUUACAUGACUGCAUCCGGCUAAACUCUGUAUUUGGGCCGGGGAAAGCAUUCAUUCUGGAAUCGGACCAUUUGCAUAUACCCCAUUUUCUGGUUCACACGGGAAAGGCGCUGGUGGAAAGCGCAUAUGGGAGGAGGCUAACGGGGAGCCAGAGAAGGCUAUCGAAUGGGAGAGCGGAACUGUUUGGUGGAAGAUGACGUGGUUAUUAGGAUAACAUUGACACCAAUAGGUGGGAAGAAGAAUCAAUCAGGAAGAGGCGCCAAGGUAUGGGAAUUGAGAUGAUGAAACGGAGGAGCAGAGCGGAUAGGAUUCGAGGAGGGUCAGUCAGCUGAAGCGGGUGCCAAAAAUUUACUUGGCUCGAGUCCAUGAUAUAACAUUGCACUCGAGGCAGGCGUUUUGACGCGUUCUGGCAGGCGUUCUGCGAGGCGAAAGAAGGAAGGCAUGAUUUUUGUGUACAUCGCGUUUCCAUUUUUCCUCUUUAUUUGGUCUUUGGUUCCAGAGUUUGAGAAACCAGCGCAUUCCUACUACCACCUAUUUUCCGUUUUCCUUUUUGCCUGGUUGAUAUAUAGUGCUGGAAAGAAGAGUCUCUCUGUUGUUUUUAUUUGAGGCAAAGGAGAAGAGGGGGGAAAGAGAACGACACGCGAGUAGGGAAAGACUGAGUGAGUGCUCGGAUUAUCCGUCAUUCAUUCUACCUCACGGGCUUGGAGACGGCAUGGAUGAAUCGGUCUCCGGUGUCAGUCGGGUAGAUUUGUCCCACCCUCGCUCCCGCUCUGGUCUUCUGGCCUAUGGUUGUCGCCGUUUUCUGUUUAAUGUUAAUGAUUUGGCGUCUUGCGAGAGAGAACCGGCUGUUGGGAGUGAAGACAUUGCAAAAAUGGUGUUGUGAACGAGCAAGAGCGACGGAUGCAAAACAUAGCGUAUUACCACAUACUUUUUUCUGUCAUUGAGUGGUAAUCGUCAUGUUUAUCGAGCUUGGAUCGAUGCUUCUGAUACUUACCUUACUUGUGUUGCGCGCGUGGUUUGAGCGAGAUGGAAAGAGGGUCAGAUAACUUGAAGGAAAGAAAACAAAGGGGAAGGAGGAUGGGAGGGAACAGAGUCGAGUUGGAUAGAGAGAGAGAGGUGUGGUAUUUUGUAUCAAAACUUUUGUGUUUGUUCAAGUUAGUCAAAGAACUUCAGCG